AUGGGAAAUGCGUCCGACGCCUCAGUGUUCGUCUCCACCUUAUCAGAGAGAGAAGACCUGAUUUUUGGCACGCUCUAUUUAGUCUUUGGCCUCGUGUCGCUCUCCGGGAACUCGCUGCUCCUGCUGGUCGCGUAUCGGAGGAGGUCCAUGCUGAAGCCUGCUGAAUUCUUCAUCGUGAACCUGGCCGUCAGCGACCUGAGCAUGACAGUGACCCUGUUCCCCCUGGCCACGUCGUCCUUCUUUGCACACAGGUGGCUCUUCGACCACGCGCUGUGCACGGCCUACGCGUUCUGCGGGGUGCUCUUCGGCCUCUGCAGCCUCUCCAGCCUGGCGGUGCUCAGCACGGUUUGCUGCCUGAAGGUCUGUUACCCAGCGUACGGGAACAAGUUCUCGCCGUCGCACGCCGGCGUCCUGCUGCUCUGUGUCUGGGCCUACGCGCUGCUCUUCGCCGCGGCGCCGCUGGCCGAGUGGGGCAGCUACGGGCCCGAGCCCUACGGGACCGCGUGCUGCAUCACGUGGAACGCGGCCAGCCGGGAGGCCGUGCUCUACAUCCUGGCGCUCUUCAUCUUCUGCUACCUCCUGCCCUGCCUCCUCAUCCUCGUCUCCUAUGCGCUCAUCCUGUGGACGGUGCAGGGCUCGCGCAGAGCCGUGCGGCAGCACGUGUCCCCGCGGGGCCCGGCGCAGGCCGUGCACGGCCUGGUCGUGAAGCUGAGCGUCGCCGUGUGCCUGGGCUUCCUGGCUGCCUGGACCCCUUACGCCAUCGUGGCCCUCUGGGCGGCCCUGGGAGACGCCAGCCGGGUGCCGGCUCUGGCCUUCGUGCUCUCGGCCGCCUUUGCCAAGUCCUCCACGCUCUACAACCCGCUCGUGUACCUGCUCUUCAAGCCCAGCUUCCACAGGUUCCUCUCCAGGGAUGCCCCGCGGCUCGGGGCUGUGCUGUGCUGCGGCUGGCCCCCCCCGGGCGGCCCGCCGCCGGCCGGGGUGGAGGCGCCUGCCAGCCCGGCCUGA